AGCCACUGUUGACACAGGAAACUACCCAUCACAGCUGCUAAGAGGAGGGGAGCCAGAGGGACGAGUUGGGGAUGGUCAAUGACUGGCAUAAAGGUACAGAGGAGGGUGGACACUCGUGUUUAUUUUACCACCGUACACAUUCAGCCUUGUGUCAUGGCUGCCUCUGUCCCUGCCUCAUCUCGUCAUCCUCUGGUAGCCAGUCUUUGCCUGUCCUUCAGGUCCUGUCUUCAUGAUCCAUGGACGCCUCGGGCUGGGCCAGGCACUCUCCUCUGGCCUUGCAGGGACCUUGACGCAGGCGUCAGUGGUAGCCCUCCUUGCGUGCUAGCCCUGUUGCUGCCUUAUCCACGAAACCUUAAGUCCCGGGACGUCAGAAGUGCCUUCAUCCUCCUAACACCCAGGUUUCCUCCUGAAACGCCGGAAGCCUUAGUAGUCAUGGGGUGGGCUCCCCUGCUCGACUGUGAGGUUUUUGAGAAUGCUGACCUUGUCCUGUGCCAUCUUUUCGUCUUCUGUGGUCCCGAAAUGGUGUCCUCUUCUUGUGCAAAAUUUGUACAGUCGGAGGCAUGGGAGUCGGUGAGAGGGCGCCAGUUCUAACCCCUGAUCCUUUGCCUCCCUGAAAUGCCUCCUGUUCUUACUUUACUCCUUUUCUGUUUGUUUGUUUUUGGUUCUAGCCGUCCCUCCUCUGUGUUGCUAUGGGCAUUCAAGGCCUGGCCAAACUGAUUGCAGACGUGGCCCCCGGUGCCAUCCGGGAGAAUGACAUCAAGAGCUACUUCGGCCGCAAGGUGGCCAUCGAUGCCUCCAUGAGCAUUUAUCAGUUCCUGAUCGCCGUCCGCCAGGGCGGGGAUGUGCUGCAGAACGAGGAGGGGGAGACCACCAGCCACCUGAUGGGCAUGUUCUACCGCACCAUCCGCAUGAUGGAGAACGGCAUCAAACCCGUGUAUGUCUUCGACGGCAAGCCGCCACAGCUCAAGUCCGGCGAGCUGGCCAAGCGCAGCGAGCGGCGGGCCGAGGCGGAGAAGCAGCUACAGCAGGCUCAGGCCGCCGGGGCCGGGGAGGAGGUGGAGAAGUUUACCAAGCGGCUGGUGAAGGUCACCAAGCAGCACAACGACGAGUGCAAGCAUCUGCUGAGCCUCAUGGGCAUCCCGUACCUGGACGCGCCCGGCGAGGCCGAGGCCAGCUGUGCCGCCCUCGUGAAGGCGGGCAAAGUCUAUGCCGCGGCCACGGAGGACAUGGACUGCCUGACCUUUGGCAGCCCUGUGCUCAUGCGGCACCUGACGGCCAGCGAGGCCAAGAAGCUGCCCAUCCAGGAGUUCCACCUGAGCCGGGUCCUGCAGGAGCUGGGCCUGAACCAGGAGCAGUUCGUAGACCUGUGCAUCCUGCUGGGCAGUGACUACUGUGAGAGCAUCCGGGGCAUUGGGCCCAAGCGGGCCGUGGACCUCAUCCAGAAGCACAAGAGCAUCGAGGAGAUCGUGCGUCGGCUCGACCCCAGCAAGUACUCCGUGCCAGAAAAUUGGCUCCACAAGGAGGCCCAGCAGCUCUUCCUGGACCCCGAGGUGCUUGACCCAGAGUCAGUGGAGCUGAAGUGGAGCGAGCCGAAUGAGGAAGAGCUCGUCAAGUUCAUGUGUGGUGAAAAGCAGUUCUCGGAGGAGCGGAUCCGCAGUGGGGUCAGGCGGCUGAGCAAGAGCCGCCAGGGCAGCACCCAGGGCCGCCUGGAUGAUUUCUUCAAGGUGACUGGCUCGCUCUCCUCAGCUAAGCGCAAGGAGCCAGAGCCCAAGGGGUCCGCUAAGAAGAAGGCAAAGACCGGGGCAGGAGGGAAGUUCAAACGGGGAAAAUAAAGGAGUUUCCCCUCUCG